AACAAACUCGUUUAAGGUUAAAACCUGUUUGUGUGGUUUGUCUUUGCUGUACCGAUUUUUUGACAUUGCAUGGGAAAUAUGUCCGAAAAGGGUGAAGUUAACCUUACUGGAGCUAAACAAAGUAAUGGCGUGUGGCUUGUUAAGGUUCCCAAAUAUUUAGCCCAACAGUGGGACAAAGCAAAAGAGAAAGGAGAGGUGGGAAAGAUUACAAUUGGAAAGAAGCAAGGCAAAAGUCAGGUUUGUUUCAGCUUGAAUGAAGAGCUAACCUCUGUGGGUGCUGCACAGGAAAGCGAUACACCUCUGAAGGUCCCCAGAGAGCAUCCCUUCACCAUGAACUCACUGGGUGGACAGACCUUAGCUGUCUUCAGCCAGGGUGAAAAAGAUGAAAUAAGUCUGGAGGGCAUGGUUGUGCACAGAGCUGAAUGCAGACCCGUUAUUACUGACAACUACAUGAAGCUGAAGAAGGUGCAGAUGAAGGAGUCCUUGAAGCUUCAGCGUUUGUCCCAGCAGCUAGAGAGAGCAAUCACCACCGUCUUCAAGCCUGUGGCCAAUCACAACUUCAACGUGGAAUAUGAGAAAAAGAAGAAAUCCGAGGGCAAGAUGGUCAGAGCUGAGCGACAGGUGGUGUUGGACAUGCUCUUCUCUGCCUUUGAGAAACACCAGUAUUACAACAUAAAGGACCUGGUGGACAUCACCAAGCAACCUGUGACGUACCUGAAAGAGAUCAUGAGGGAAAUUGGUACCUACCACAGCAAAGGUGCUCACAAAAGCAUGUGGGAGCUGAAAGCAGAGUACAGGCACUACCAGUCAGCUGAGGAGGAGGAAGAGAUGCAGACGGUCUAACUCCACUGAAUCUUAUUUCAAAUAAGUCAAUGGUCUCCUAAGACAUUACUGUAAUUACUGUUUUUUUUUUCUUUUAAUGAAAAUGAAAACCUUAAGUUCAUAUUCAAUCUUGCUGUAGCUUACCUUUAUUGUUGCUAUGGCAACUGCAAACCCCUUUAGCCAUGUUUACUGUACACCACACGGGGUGGUAACAUGCUGCUUUGCGUUUAAAAAUUAAAACUGACUGUCUUGACCGCACCCAAUCCAGAUGCUUGUAUGAAUUUAUUGGCUGCCAUUGAGGGUGAUAGUAGUCCAAUCCUUUUGAACUGGGAGAGGGUGGCAGCGAGUGAUCGCCCUAGUUCUAAUGGAUUGUAUGUCUAUUGCCGUCAAUGUCUGCCAGUGAGUUAAUUGUUAGGAGGGACUGCAUGAUGAUUAGAGAUGCAAUUUUUAUGCACAUAUGCUUCGUUUAUGUACUGUACACACUACACAACACUGGAUGACGACAACAAUUCCAUAAUAUCACUUGAAUAUUCAACAAAAUCAAGCAUAGUGCUCCACAGCGGGAGUUAGACGUUCUAACUAGUGAUGCAUGAUAAUACAUUUUUCAACCGAUACCGAUAAUUUCCUCCUCGUUCCUACCGAUAACCGAUAAUGUCAAGCCGAUAAUUCUAUUAAAAGAUUUAUGUAAAAUUUUAAACAAAAGAAAAUAUUACUGUGCAAAAAUAUAAUUUAUUGCUCUUUUUUUUUUUCAACAUAAAAUAUGAACAAGUCGUCAAUUCCAACAUCUAAAUAAUGACAUUGUCUGACAUUGUGUAAUGCUAAACUUUUGGCAACAAUUACUUACAGAGUAAAUACCUAAGUUGCACAAAAAUGCCUUUAAAAGUAAGCCAUUCCUAACAUAACAUUAAUACACUGCAAAACACACUUCCUUAAAACUAGUCAGUUUUAAGUGUAAAUCUAUUGGAAAUAAGUGAAAUUAUCUGCCAGCGCUUCAGGUGUAUUUCUCUCAGAUUUCUUGGAAGAAAAAUAGCUAGCUGAAAAUAAUCUUAACAGCCUUAUUUCAAGCAAUACAUUAUUAUACUUAAUCCUAAAAAAAACUUGGAAGAAGAAAAGAUUUUGAAUAUUUGUGGCUACAGAAUAUUACUGUUAUUUCAUUACAACACGAAUGUGCAUAUUUAAAUUAAUAAGUGUUGAUAAGUGCCAACAAGUUUAGAUCAUCUACUGUGACUGUAAUUGAGCAGACAAAUAAGUUAAAUUAAUUUGAAAAGUGAUUGCUAAUGUUGUAUGCCUUGUUGCACACUGUGAAAAUGAUUAACUCAAAAUAGCGAAAUGUCAUGUACCCAUUCUGCAGCGCUUUGUUUACAUUUGCGGCACUCACGAGUCGCGACAUUCGCUUUACAGCAGCUAAACUGAUAAACAGCAGUACUAUUUGGAUGCAGUUGGAGCUCGCAUCUCCGUGCGUGUUGUUUUGUGCCUGAGUUUUGUUAAGCCGAAAAUAAAGGCAGCAUUACAAAGUCAUCUGACCGCUCGUCAUAUUACAUGCCUUAUUAACGGGCUGACUUUGUUUUCUCCAUGUUUAAAUUAUCAUCUAACCACUGUGCCGUCAUGAUAAGCUUGC